UAAUAAAACAGUGCAGUGACAACUAUGAUCAAAUCAACGCAACUGUCAAUUUUCCUACGAGGUUCGAUGUUAAAAUGGCGGAUGUCUCAAGUAAUGAGCGCAAAAUAAAACUCACUAAAAGUGGGAAAGUUGUUAAAAGACGCACUAAAAAUCCCGAAGAAUGGCACAAACAAAAACAAAAACGAUUACGAAUUGCUGGACUGGAAUACAUAAAUGCAAAUGGAAAAUUAGUUCCUCCAAAACAGCCAGGCCCUGACUGUAACUGCCGAAGAGGGUGCUUCCAGAAAGUUCCUGAAGAAGUUCGCUUAAAGACAUUUCAAGGCUUUUAUUCCAUGAAAACUCAUGAUGAACAAAAUGCAUACUUAUUUGGCCUUAUGAGACAAGUUGAUGUUAAGAGAAAAAGGGUGAAAGGCAAAACUAGCAGACGAACUUGUACUUUUGAAUAUUUUGUGAGAGUGAAGGGCAGAGAGACACAAGUUUGCCAGACAGCUUUUAAAAAUAUUCAUGCCAUAACUGAACGAAAAGUAAGAGUCCUUUGCAAGAAAAUGGAUGAUGGUGUAAUGUUUCCUAGUGAUAACCGUGGCAAGAACAGUCAUAGACGCUCAGGUGAAGUCCGCCUUCCAACUGGAGUUGUGGAGCAAAUAAAAAAUCAUGUAUACUCUAUUGUCCAUACACACAGAUUAAAAGAUUUUAUUAGAUUGGACAAAAUUGCCGGUCUUGAGAUCAAUAUUUCUAAAAUGUGGAAAGACUACAUCAAAACCUAUGAUCCUGAAAACAUAUCAGCAACAAUGCCUAAAUCAAAACGUACAAUUGAAGCAGAAGUUUCUGCACCAGAGCCCAUACCUCAACCUCCUCCCCCUCCUCAGGAGCAAUUGUUUGGCCCCAUGGCAUACCCUGGGAGUGGACAUUUGGUUAAUAUUGCUGAAAAUUACUUCCAAAAUCAGUACCCCACAACAACAUUAACAUCAACUACUGCUACAAAUUUUUAUCAGCCACAAAAUGGAGGACAAAGUAUGGGAAUAUUACUGCAGCCUACAGCUGCAAGGCCACAGCAUGCAGCUUACAUUGUGCUGCAAGCAAAGCCUGAACCCCAGGGAAAUACUGCAACACUUGCCAUUGACAAUGUCCCAUACAAUGACAACACAAUGGAUUGUCAAUCUGUUGUCAAAGUAGAAAAAAAAGUAAAAAAGGAGAGAAAAAAAGGACCCUUAGUGAAGCAAUGGAGAUAUACAAAUAUUUUCCAUGAAGAGAUUAAUGGUGCUGCAUUAGCUGCCAUCAAAACCCGCUUGGGCAUGUAUUAUGCUGAGAGUGAUGCCGCCCGGAAGAAGGCAAAGCAGGCCCGACCCGUGGAGGCUGCUGCAGUGCAGACACAAACACAGCCUGAACAAAUCCGACCUACUCACACAGUUACUAUUUAUACAUAGAAUAGAGCUAGUGUAGAACACACCAUUCAAAAUUGACUGAUCUGAUUUUAACGUUAUAUUGUAUUAAGAUCACAGUAGAAAUUAAGUAUUAUGAGCUGAAAUUCGAAAUUCGAGGUGACAUAACAUUUAAGUUUGCUACUAUUUUUGGUGGCAAGAUAUUGCAUCUCAACUUUCGCAUUUUGACCCUAACGUGGUACAAUUUUAUACUCUAAGUACAUAUUAAGUAGCCAUUUAUAGUAUUUUAGAGAUGGAAUGUUAAAAAAAAAGUUAUUGAAACUUGUAAACCAGUGCUUUAUUGGCAAAUCAUGUAGAACUUUUCAAGAAAAUUAUUUAUUUAACUGUUUAGGUUCAUCUUAUGAAAUAUUUUUAUUUAUUAGGAAGAAAAGUAGUGCUCAUCAAUGCAUAUUAUUACUUUAUUGCAAUAUAAGCGAAUAAUAAUAAAA